CUUAGUAGCUUAGCCCAGUGGGCAGUGGCUAGCUAGCUAGAGAUGGGAGUGUACAAGCCACUGGAUCCCCGCAGCCAGAAGCCGUCGAGCAAAACUCCUGGCUGUUUCCUCUCCAAACCCGUCUGCGUCUGGCUCGUCCUCGGCUUCCUCUCCUUGGCGCUCCUCCACCUCCUCUGCUGCUCCCCCGCCGCCACUCAGCAGGCGGUGCUCUCUCCUCUGCGCCAGUACAUCAACAGCACCUACUCCUUCGUCGCAUCAGUGCCGGGAGAAGGGAACCAGCAGAACUGCAGCUACUCCGAGGGGAGGUGGGUGUGGGCGCCGGGCCACGCGCAGCGGUACAACGCCACCGAGUGCAACGUCAAGGAGAGGCAGGACUGCAUCCGCAACGGGCGGCCCGACACGGGCUACCUCGACUGGCGGUGGCAGCCGGCCGGCGGGUGCCCGCUGCCGGCGUUCGACGCCGGGGCGUUCCUCGCGGCGGUGCGCGGCAAGCAUGUGGCCUUCAUCGGCGACUCCAUGGCGCGGAACCAGGCCCAGUCCCUCAUCUGCCUCCUCAGCGCCGCCUUCCCCUACCGCCUCCUGCACCGGGACGCCGGGCCGCAGAGGCACAACUUCUGGGGCUACGCCUUCCCGUCGCACGACGUGAGGGUGUCCUACUACUGGGCCCCGUUCCUCGUCAGGGGCAAGGGCAAGCCGGAGGACGACGGCAUCAAGGAGAACCACGUGCACCUCGACGCGCCCGGCGACCGGUGGGGCGCCGACGCCGACACCAUCGACGUCGCGGUGCUCGCCGCCGGGCACUGGCUGCUGAACGGCGCCAUCUACUACAACGGCAGCGAGGUGAUCGGCACCCACAACGCGCCGCCGGAGUUCAGCAACCACACCAAGAUCGGCUACGCGUGGCCGCUCCACAUGGCGUACCGGAAGGCGGUGGAGCGGCUGAGCUCCGGCGGGCGGCCGCGCACCGUGGUGCUCGCCACGUUCUCGCCGUCGCACUUCGAGGGCAGGCCGAUCGACAGCCCCACGGCGUGCACCAAGAUGGAGCCGUACAAGGAGGGGGAGAGGGAGCUGGAGUGGAUCUUCAAGGAGGUGAGGGACGUCGUCUACGACGAGGCGGAGCUCGCCAGGGCGAGGGCCGCCGCGGCCGCCGGCGGCGCCACGAGGAUCGAGGUGCUGGACGUGACGACGCUGGCGGCGAUGCGGCCGGACGGGCACCCCAGCGUGUACAUGAACUACCACCCGUUCCAGCACGGCGUGCCGGAGAAGAUGCUGUCCGACUGCCUCCACUUCUGCCUGCCGGGGCCGGUGGACACGUUCAACGAGAUACUCGUUCAGAUCCUCAAGAAGAGGCGGUGGAAUCAGUGAAGGAAUGUGAUCGACUGCCCGUGCUCCAUGUCCAUGGCUCGCAGUACACCCCGGUUCGUGUGGCAGCUUUGCCUGGCCGUGGAUGCAUGAUGAUGAGUCGUCCAUCUUGAUGGCUCCGCCGUCUAGAUCGUGCGGCUACGAGCUGCCCUUGGGGUUAUUUUUUCCCAUACAUAUCUCUUUAAAAUACUACCUGUUAUGUACUUCAUCACUUGGAUAUUAAACAGAGCUAAGCUCUCGAGGAGAUGAGCGCUAAAUUUUG